AUGGUUACAGGUAUUGAGGCCACUGGCCUGGUUCUAGCUAUUCUUCCUCUGAUUAUAAACCAACUGGACAGCUGUGUCCAGGGCGUUGAAACGAUGAAGUCCUUUCGAACGAAACGGUAUCGCAGAUAUUUAGAUGAACGCGCAGCUAUUCUCGGUGGACAACACGCAAUCUUGCUCAAUUGCUUAGAAACAAUACUGGAAGAUAUUGUCCCCGAGGAUCAAAUCUCGAGGCUCUUGGCAGAUACACAGGAUCUGCUGUGGGCGGAUCCAACUCUUCAGAAAGAUCUUCAACAAAGGCUAGGUCGGGGCUACACACCAUUCUGCGACAUCAUGAGCCAAGUGUCCCACAUCUUGGAAGAACUGGCAAACAAGAUGGGGCUUCAGUUGAAUAACUCAAAAGUUGAAGAUCAGACGGACGUCGACCCAGAUCCGGUUCAGAUGAAAUAUAGUCCUCAGUCGGCCGAAACUGAUCCUGAUUCUUAUCCUGAGGGAGGAUGGAACGCCUGGAGCGUUGUACUCGGAAGCUGGAUGGCCAGCUUCAGCACAAUCGGAAUGAUGAACAGCCUAGGAAUCUUCCAAACAUAUCUAGAAGAGCACCACCUCCGCGAAUAUUCAUCCGGCAAAAUAGGUUGUAUCCUCGGUGUCUACUCGUUUCACGCCUUUUUCUGCGGAAUCCAAGUCGGUCCAAUAUUUGACGCCAAAGGCCCACGUAUUCUCGUCGCUUGUGGUGGAAUCGGGACCGUGCUUUUCAUGAUUCUCCUUGGAUUCUGUACCCGGUACUGGCAUUUUAUGCUGGUGUUUGGAGUCUUGGGAGGCGUGAGUGUAUCGCUUGCCUUUAACCCCGCAAUUUCCAUUGUUGCGCAUUACUUCCGUCGACGAAGAGGUCUUGCGACGGGUGUUGCGUCUUCUGGUGCGUCGUGUGGUGGCGUGGUAUGA